UUCACAAUGGCAGUUCAUUAGGAUUUUGGUUAUUUAUUACAGACAUGAAAAAGGCAAACUCAGAUCGCCGACCGGAAUCCAUGGAUAUGCUAUCGGAGUUGCCGAAAGAGAUCUUGCAGAGAAUACUGUGUCUCCUCUCCCAAGAAGAAGCUGUCCGAACCUCCGUCUUGUCGAAACCCUGGCGCCACAUUUGGCGCACUCGCCCCAAUCUCGUUUUUUCCGACAACGACAAUUACUUCAGAGGUAAGGAACAAGAAUUUCUAUCCGUUGUCGACGAGACUCUACGAGGAUACCUCGAUCAAGGGUUGCGCUUGGAGGAGUUUCACCUUCACAUGUCGAACCAUGUGUCGGUUUCGAUUCUCGAUAAGUGGAUCCCGAAGCUCGAAUCCAUGGGCGUAAGCGAUUUUCGUCUUUACGUUCUUUCGAAACAUGAAGUUGAUGGGAUGGUCGAUUUGCCGGUGGUUCUGAAAGCCGAACCCCUAACGCUUUUGUGGCUGUAUAAUUGCGAUUUGGGCCGGAAUAUUCCCGAGAAGAUACCCUUUGUGCGUCUACAAGCACUCCGCCUCCAAAACGUCUCGAUCGAGCAAGAGAUUUUCGACAAGGUGAUAUCGAGCUGCGCUUUGCUUGCUAGUAUGUGGUUCCAAGAUUGUAUAGGUUUGACAACUAUAAAGUUGGAGACGAAGCUUCACAAACAUCUCAAGCAGUUAAUUUUUAUUAACGACGUCACUUAUCAAAAAGAUGACUGCAGCAUCGAAAUCAAUGCCCCGACUCUCGAGAAAGUCAAGAUUUUCGGCAGUAAGAUUCGGUUUCACGGCCGUGAGGUCUGUAAUGUCAAGUCGUUAUAUCUAGCGAACGUGGAAAUCGCCAUCAAUUCGGUCGAACGAUCUCCAGUGUUAUGCAUUGAUGCCCCAAACAUGGAGUAUUACGAAUACACGGGGCUCGUUAUUCCGUCCGUUUCUUUCGCGCCGGCUUCCGGGAGAACGAAUUUGAAACUGUACAUGCGGGACGACGGUGCGAACGACGCUCAGUCGUGGUUCCUCAGACUAAGUGCGUUGCUCCGGGAUUUACGUCGGUCCGAAAUCACUCUGCACAUUUUUCAUCUUGCGCGUUUCGAUCUGCAAAUCGAAGAAGAUAUUCUAGUACGCGACAAUAUUAACGGUGGUAAUUAUAAGCCGGUUGUGGUGGAGAAUUUCAGGCUGGAAAUCGGCCAAUUGUCGUUAUUUCCGUACGUAUUAAGUGGUUUGUUUUGUAUUUGUCGUCCGAGGAAAGUAACCCCGCAGUGGUUAGGGAAAGGAACUUGGACCGACGAAAGGAAACAGAAGGAAGCCGGUGAGUUCUUCGGCAAAUUCACAAAGAUGAUAGAAAACGGAAACCGAGAAAUCUGGCGGGAUUUGGAGGGUUUAACCUUUGAAGGUCUUAACGAGAUCCCACUGGAAUGGCAGCCCUUUGAAGUGACGAAGCUGUCGGAAACUGAAUUUACGGAAUUUCGCAUUCGAAUGAAAUGGAGCGAUCAAGAUUGAUGGCGUUCGGUUACAACCGGAAAGCAUCAUGACUAUAGCGAAGGCAAUACCGUAGUGCAGAAUUCGAUCAAGCUGAUAGAGAGAGAAAUGAAGCUGUAUCCAACAAGUGUAAUGUUGUAUGUUUGUAAGAGAAACUACAUUUCAUGGUUGAAUUUUUUCUUCAAUGUUUUUGGAUGUUUGUAUUGAACUAAGUUGAAUUAAACCUUUAUAAUUUAAAUGACUUCCUUUAUCUUACCUG